GAUCUCUCUCCUGUCAGCAAGGCAGAGAAAUACAAAGCAGCAUGUCUCCCUAGUAAAACACAACGCAGCACACAAUGUAAAACACAGCACACAGUUAACCCUUUGAUCGCCUCAGAUAUUAACCCCUUCCUGCCCAGUGUCAUUAGUACAGUGUCAGGGGGACUGACAACUCCUGGGGCAAUUGGGGAUCAUGGUGCCCCUGUGUCCUUGCCCAAACUCAAAAAAGCCUAUGAAAAAGGUACCAGGGGCAUCUCAUGGGGCCCCUACUGACCCCGGGCCCUCGGGCAGUGCCCGAGUUUCCAAAUGGUCAGUCCACCCCUGGUUCUGUCUG